AUGUCGUCCAUCUUCCCUGUCCUCGGUCCAAAGGCCCAAAAGUUCCGUCAGGAGGCCGAUACCUUUGGUGACCUCCAGGUCCCCGCCGACAGAUACUGGGGUGCCCAGACUCAGCGUUCGCUUCAAAACUUCGACAUUGGUGGACCCACCGAGCGCAUGCCCGAGCCUCUUAUCAAGGCCUUUGGUGUCUUGAAGCGCGCCGCUGCCCAGGUCAACAUGACCUACGGUCUCGAUGCCAAGGUCGGUGAUGCUAUCGUCAGGGCCUCCGACGAGGUCAUUGAGGGUAAGCUCCUCGAGCACUUCCCUUUGGUCGUCUGGCAGACCGGUUCCGGCACCCAGACCAACAUGAACGUCAACGAGGUCAUCUCCAACCGUGCCAUUGAGCUCCUCGGAGGUGAGCUCGGUUCCAAGAAGCCCGUCCACCCCAACGACCACGUCAACAUGUCCCAGUCCUCCAACGACACCUUCCCCACCGCCAUGCACGUCGCUACCGCCAUCGAGAUCAACCAGCGCCUCAUCCCCGCCGUCACCCUCCUCCGCGAUGCCAUCCAGGCUAAGUCGGACGAGUUCAAGCACAUCAUCAAGAUUGGUCGUACCCACUUGCAGGAUGCUACCCCCUUGACUCUCGGACAAGAAUUCUCUGGCUACUCCCAGCAGCUCACCUACGGUCUCGAGCGUGUCCAGAGCACCCUUCCCCAUCUCUACAACCUCGCCCAGGGCGGUACCGCCGUCGGAACUGGCUUGAACACCCGCGAGGGUUUCGAUGUCAAGGUUGCUGAUGCCAUCUCGAGCAUCACUAAGCUCCCCUUCAAGACUGCCCCCAACAAGUUCGAGGCUCUUGCUGCCCACGAUGCCAUUGUUGAGGCCCACGGUGCCUUGAACGUCUUGGCUGUCUCGUUGAUGAAGAUUGCCAACGAUAUCCGCUUCUUGGGCUCUGGUCCCCGCUGCGGUCUCGGCGAGUUGAACUUGCCCGAGAACGAGCCCGGUUCGUCGAUCAUGCCCGGCAAGGUCAACCCUACCCAGUGCGAGGCCAUGACCAUGGUCUGCUCCCAAGUCAUGGGUAACAACACCACCGUCUCUAUCGCUGGCUCGAACGGUCACUUCGAGUUGAACGUCUUCAAGCCUGUGAUGGUCAAGAACACCAUCCAGUCGAUCCGUCUCCUUUCCGAUGCCUGCGUCUCGUUCACCAAGAACUGUGUUGUCGGUAUUGAGGCCAACGAGAAGAAGAUCAACGCCAUCAUGAACGAGUCGUUGAUGUUGGUCACUGCUCUUAACCCUUACAUUGGUUACGACAACGCCGCCAAGUGCGCCAAGAAGGCCCACAAGGAGGGCACCACCUUGAAGGAGGCUGCCAUCUCCCUCGGUCUCUUGAACGACCAGCAGUUUAAGGAGUGGGUCCGCCCCGAGCUCAUGUUGGGACCCACCAAGGCCAAGUAA